UCAUUUCAUUUUUAUAUAUAAUAAAUAAACAUCAAGAGAGAGAGAGAAAUAACUGAAAAAUCAGAGGUGAGCGGCUAUGGCGGAUGAAUUUCAUCUGGGAAGUGGAAACUGGUGGGAUAGUAAUAAUACAUCAAGAAACAGAUUUGACGGCGGCGCAACGCCACCGGUUUCGAUUUCUACAACGUUAAACUCCAUCGCAAGUUUCGGUUGGCCGACAGAAAUGGUGGAGAUGAAGCCCAGCGGUGGAUCCCAGUUGUUGCAAGGUGGCGCCCAUGAUCAAUCUUCCGCCGCCGCCGCCGCCUGCGGCGGCGGUUUAGCAAACCCUAACUUGCAGAUGAUGGGGUUGGGACUGUCUUCUCAUCAAGGCAUCGAUUGGAACCAAACUUUAUUUAGAGGUGAAAAGGCGGAGAGCAGUUUCCGAUCAAUGCUUGAAGAAGAUAUGAGUUCGAAUACAGCUGGCGGUUUUGAGCAGUCAGGAGCAACUACUCAAGAACAGUGGAGAUCGCAGAAAGUAUAUUCCGAUGGUUCUCCGGCGGCGGCGGAGGAGGAGUCAUCUCUGAAUGAUUACAAGCAAAUUAAUAUUCAUCGGGGUUUCUCGUUGGACGUCCAUCAACACCACCACCACCACCAGCAGCUGCAGUUCAGCCACCAGGCAAGUUCGAACGACAGCACAAUAACGACAUCACAUAAUUUAAACAACUCCGGUAGUACUUUUCCGGUGGAUUCCGCCGCCGCGUACGGCUUGUUGCUGUCGGAAAACCAGCCCAUGAACUAUCAGUACCCGUCUGGCGGCUACGGCGGCGGCGCGUCUGAUAUAAUUCCGUCCUGGAAUAAAUUCCCUCAGUUCUUGAGACAAUCGCCGCCGCCCAAACAACAGCCGCCGCCGCCGGCGUCGUCCGGCAGCCAUUUGCAUUUCACUAACAACGCACCUUUCUGGAAUGCAUCUUCACCGGCUUCCGCCAUGUCCGAGGCGGCUCGCUCGAGCUUUUUUCCGGCGGCCUUACAAACUCAGAUUCCUCCAUCUUUCGAUGAAAAACCAAAGAAGACGUCAGAAGCGCGGGAAUCAAGUACGACGACGAAGAAAAACAACACAGAAACAUCAAAUAAAAGACCGAGAAACGAAACCCCAAAUCCAUUACCAGCUUUUAAGGUGAGGAAAGAGAAGAUGGGAGACAGAAUAACUGCACUUCAACAAUUAGUCUCACCUUUUGGAAAGACUGAUACGGCUUCUGUGCUUUCCGAUGCUAUCGAAUACAUCAAAUUUCUCCACGAACAAAUCAGCGCGUUAAGCGAUCCUUACAUGAAAAAUCCAGCAUCCACACAUCACCACCAGAAAUCUGAAAAAUCAAAGGAUCAAGAAGGGCCACGUCAAGAUCUGAGAAAUCGAGGGCUAUGUUUAGUACCGGUAUCGAGCACUUUUCCGGUGGCUCACGAGACAACGGUUGAUUUUUGGACACCUACAUUUGGAGGAAGCUUCAGAUGAGAAUCUUUUUUUUUUUCUUUUUUUAAUUAUUAAUAUUAUUAAUAAUAAUGAUUUUGAGGCUGAUGAAGGUAACAAGAAAAAGAGAUAAAUGCUGAAAGAGAUGGGGGUGAAAAUGAUGAAAAGGAUAAAAAGACAGGAAAUUUAAAACUUUUGGGCCAUGGUAUUAACAGGCAAAAAGAUGCAGCCCCUGGCCAAGAAUAUUAUUGUUAGCUAGGGACCAAUAUAGUAUUAUUGUAUGCAAAUAUUAGUUAUCAAAUAAUUGAAGAAUUAUGAUUAAAGGGUUGGUUAGGAAUUAAAUACAUAUUAUUUAUUAGUUUAGAGAUCAAUUUUGUUCUUGUUUGUAGCUCAUGAUGUUUAUCACAAUGAAAUAGAAUAGAAAGUAGCUAGGUUUUGGUGUAUGUAUAUUAUUUUGCAUA